UAAUGACGUAGGCGGCGUAGUAGAAUGAAUGAGCCGGGAGAGUCGGCUCAGAAACAGUCAAGGCACUGAGCGAGACACCAUGCUGCUGUGAAGUAGCGAUCUUUUCUUCUGACACUGACAAAUAUUACGAUAUCGAGAAAAAUAUAUAUAUAUUUCGUUGUCUUGAAAGAAUAAUGGCACGAGGAGAGGGCCCCGAGCAGUACUCGGCGACGAGUUUACUAUCAGUCAAACCCAUAAAUACAGAGAUCAAGAAAGCAAAGCCAAAGCACCUGAGAAAUCGUAUGUCUGUGUGGAGCAAACUGUGCUAUGCCAUCGGGGGGGCUCCCUACCAGAUCACAGGCAGCGCUCUGGGCUUCUUCCUCCAGAUCUACCUGCUGGAUGUGGCUCAGCUCGAUCCCUCCCAUGCCUCUAUCAUCCUAUUUGUUGGCCGGGCCUGGGACGCUGUCACAGACCCAACAGUAGGUUUCCUGGUGAGCCGGAGUAGAUGGACCAGCGUUGGCCGCAUGAUGCCCUGGAUCCUUUGCUCUACUCCGUUUGCAGUGCUGACUUACUUCCUGAUCUGGUACGUGCCGCCUUUUGAACAAGGGAAGGUCGUCUGGUACCUGAUCUUUUACUGCCUCUUCCAGUCAAUGCAGACGUGCUUCCAUGUGCCAUAUUCAGCCCUCACCAUGUUUAUCAGCAACGACCAGAAAGAGAGGGACUCAGCCACAGCUUAUCGUAUGAUGGUGGAGGUGCUGGGCACAGUUCUGGGCACCGCAAUCCAGGGACAGAUAGUAGGUGGCGCCACAGAUUGUCCCACUGAGCCUGAUGUCCCCGAUAGCAGUAACUCAACCAAAAUCAACAUGUCCAGAGUUGCACUGGAUGAGACGAAACAAGCUUACUUGAUUGCUUCAGGGGUCAUCUGCAUCAUCUACGUCCUCUGUGCCACUAUUUUGUUUUUUGGUGUGAAGGAGCAAAAAGAGAGCGGGCGAAAAAGAUCCCAGCUCCUCACCUUCCGCCAGGGCCUGUGGCUGGUGAUAAGUCACGGGCCAUACAUCAAACUGGUCAUCGGCUUCCUCUUCACCUCUCUGGCCUUCAUGCUACUGGAGGGAAACUUUGCUCUUUUCAUCACCUACGCUCUUGGCCACAGGAAGGACUUCCAGAAUAUUCUCCUGGUCAUCAUGCUGUCUGGGACUCUGACCAUCCCGUGGUGGCAAUGGUUUCUGAGCCGGUUUGGGAAGAAGACGGCAGUUUACUUCGGCAUCUCGUGGGCAGUACCCUUCAUGAUCCUGAUCAUCUGCGUCAAGAGCAACCUGAUCAUUUCUUACUUGGUCUCAGUGGCAGCCGGUGUGAGCGUGGCGGCAGCUUUCCUCCUGCCUUGGUCAAUGCUUCCCGAUGUAGUGGAUGACUUCAAGGUUAACAACCCAGACAUCCAUGGCCACGAAGCCAUCUUCUACUCCUUUUAUGUGUUCUUCAUCAAGUUUGCCUCUGGAGUAUCCCUGGGUGUCUCUACGCUCAGUUUGAAAUUUGCCGGCUAUGUCACUGGGAGCUGCUCACAACCUGAGGCGGUCAGUUUAACCCUGAAGGUGCUGGUCUCUCCUGUGCCUGUGGUUCUUAUUGCUGUGGGACUGUUGAUAUUGAAGACCUACCCUAUUGAUGAGGAAAGGAGGCAGGUCAACCGAAAACUACUGCAGGAGAUGCUAGACUCUGAAGCUGAUUCUGAGUCUGAAACUUCAGCGCUUGGGAGCGACGUGUAGAGUCGGAGGACGAGCCAACCACCACUGCUGCUUUACAUGUUUGCCCAGGCUGUUGAGGGACAUGACCACCAACUAUCUGGAUAAACAGAGGAGGGACCACAGACUGCCACUGCUGCCCACACACCAUCAGCAUUAACUGGCUCCCUCCAGUGGAUCACACAGGUUUACGUCGCCCUCUAGUGGCCGGCCAGUGUUAUGUUGUGUGUGUGCGAUUCAAGUAUUUUCUAUUGUUUUUUUAAUCUCCAACUGUGUCCCAAUUAAACUGCAUCUACUGAAACUAAAAAGCAUACACAAUUUUCAAAUCUCCACAGUGUAUCACUUUGUCAGGUAGUGCCCGGGGUUAGCCUUUGUUCUUCUUGCUUUCACCUCUCAAUAUUCUUGGAAAGGUUUUCUUUCAUUGUUUAGCUGAAACACAGCACAGGGAUCUAUCCAUAUUUUAACCUAAAUGGGUAUCCACUACUGAACUGGACAGCAAAACCUGAUCACCUCAUCAUUUAAACGGAGAUAAAACAUCUUUUAGUUCAACUGCAGCUCCCAUAAGAGCUGUAGUCAUUUUUAUCUUGGUAUCAUGAGUUGUUCCUGUAGCUGUCUACAAUGUUACUUACCUUGACUAGUUAUUAGCAGCUCCUCCAUUUCUUUUGUGCAUUGCAUUGUGGGACAAUGGUAUUCAUCAACUCUACUAUUUUUACACUCCUCCAGUGAAUGCACUACAUACUGAAAACCUGGUUAAAAUCUGUUGGAAUUGGGACAGAGUUUGUGAUUUUUGUGGUAUUGUUUAUGAAGUAUUUAUUGGUUGGUUUACAAGAUCAGACCUUCACUCAUGCAGACUGGAGUGUGAUGUUACCUUUAAUGUUUACCAUGUCUUCGUCAGGCAUGUUUGGUUUUCCAUUCAGACAGUGCUCUGAAGUAAAUAUACAGUAUCAGCCCUUAUUUAUAAAGGGCAUACCAGCACCAUUUCUCUAAUUAGAGUUGUAUGGAGUUGUGCUACAAUUUCUACUUUUCAUUAGAUGUUGUUGCCUAUAGAGCACAUCAUAAAAGGCAAAAACUUUAAGUGUACUUGAAUCUUCUGAAGGGGAAAUGGCACCUCAUGUUAAGAUAUACUGUAUAAAGGCUGAAUCACUGCCUUACACACACGUCUUGUAUGAUUAGUUGUGAUGAGAUUUUCUGUUGAACUUAUUUGUUUAGUGUUCUUUUUGCAACCAAGAAGGGUUUCCCAUCACACCUUUUUUUUUCUCUAACAUUUCAGCCAAUCUCCAUGAAGCUUAAUAGACAUUUCUGAAUGUGCUUUCACAGCAAAGUCAACUCCAGUAUGAAGUAAUUUCAUCUAGCAUGCACUCACUUCCCAAGAGAAGAAAAAAGCUUUAUUUAACUAUUUAUUUAAACAAACAAUCUAAGGGAUUAUAAUUUCUUAUGAAAGUACAUGUAUAAUUUAUUAAGUGAACGGCUAUUGAUGUAUAUGUGAUAUGUGACUUAAGUCAAAUGUUUGAAAACAACAAAAUAGUGUAUUUUUUCUUUUUCUAAGAAAUUAAAAUAUCACAAGGUGCUGUAAUGUGAUUAAUGAGCUGCCUUAAAAAUAUUGUGAUUCUCAAACAGCAGCCCAAACCCAGCUUUUCUAUUAUAAGGUAUGCAGGAGACAUUUGUCCUCACUUUAGAUGCCUUGAUUUAACGUCACAUGAUCUUAUAUCCUUAUUGGUUAAGUUAUUAAGGUUUAAAAAAAAAAACUUUAAAACUUCAUAUAUUCUUACAUAGUUUUCCUUUUUAGGGUUUUGAAAUUGCACUGAAUGAACCUAAUGAAACCCAUUACAUCUCUCCUUGGUGUUUAUAUGCUGCUGUAUGUAUAAUAUGUAAAUACUUUUCUAAGUUUGACCUUGAUGAGCAAUAUGUAAGUCAGUGAAGAGAUGAAUUCAUGUGCUGUAAAUUUGCAAUCUUAAGUCUGCGAAUAAAGUUUGCCAAAACCUGUGA